GUGCCGCGAAAAUUCCCCUCGUGUACUGAUAAGGUUAUAAACAAAGACUUCACGCUCACGAACAGAUUUUUUUUUACUACCAAUAACUUUAGAAACUUCAGUGAUUAACGUUUUCGAAAUUCUCAAGUUUAACAUUCUAUUUACUCUCUCAAUUAAGUAUGUCAGUCAGCACUGACGAAAAAAUGGACACCAGUGAAGUUGAGGCCUUACCUUCAUCAUCGAAAGACCCACCUUCCUCGCAACCAGGAUCUAAGGAUAAUUUACCUUGGAUUGAAAAAUACAGACCCCAGCGAUUUGAAGACAUCUAUGGAAACAAGGACACCAUUGCAAAACUGAAGGUCUUCUCUCAAGUUGGAAAUGUGCCUAAUAUCAUCAUAUCUGGACCACCGGGUGUUGGAAAAACAACCACAAUUCUAUGUCUUGCUCAGCUUCUUCUGGGACCCUCAUUUCGUGAUGCUGUCUUGGAAUUGAAUGCCUCAAAUGAUAGAGGUAUCGACACAGUCCGAAACAAAAUCAAAAUGUUUUCUCAGAGAAAAGUCACCCUUCCACCGAACCGACACAAGAUAAUCAUCCUUGAUGAAGCAGACAGCAUGACCGAUGGCGCCCAGCAAGCACUUAGACGUACAAUGGAGUUGUACAGUCAUACAACUAGAUUUGCCCUCGCUUGCAAUAACAGUGAAAAAAUCAUCGAACCAAUCCAGUCUCGGUGUGCUAUGCUUAGAUACAGUAAACUUACGGAUGAAGAGCUACUUGCCAACAUCAUAGAAAUUUGUAAUAAAGAACAGGUAUCUUACACUAACGAUGGUUUAGAGGCGAUUGUUUUCACAAGUCAAGGUGACAUGAGACAAGCAUUGAACAAUCUACAGUCCACCGUUAAUGGCUUUGGUCAUGUGAAUCGAGAAAACGUUUUCAAAGUUUGUGACGAGCCACACCCACUCCUAGUCUCUGACAUGUUAUUAUCUUGCACCUCAGGAAAUAUUUCAAAGGCUUAUGAGAUCAUGCUUCAUUUAUGGAAUCUUGGCUAUGCGUCCGAAGAUAUUAUUGGCAACAUUUCCAGGGUCACCAAAAAUCUAGAUAUUUCUGAGCCAUUGAAACUAGAAUUCAUUAAGGAAAUUGGAUUGACUCACUUACGAAUAGUGGAGGGUCUCGGUACAUUCAUUCAGCUUACUGGUCUCUUGGCUAAAUUGUGUGAGCGCUCACUUAGCUUCCUCGAAGAAUGAGAAUGGUCAUCAAUUGAUGUCCAAUCAAUGAUAAUCUUUUCCCCUGAGUAUGUACAUAUUAUUGAAUUUUAGCUAUUAUGUAUUGUGAUUCCUAUGAAUUUUGAAACAUUGAAUACUAUGCCAGCCCUCAACACAAGGUGUUCCAUAGUCAAUACUACCUCAUAGUAAACAGAUUUUUCUGUACGUCAAUUUAUCUCAGAAAUAAUUAAAGAGCUUACUGGACAGGGUAACCACGGUCAGGAUUUAUCAAGAAAACUGAACUAUGACAGGGAAUUUUAAAAAGUUUGAAAAAACCUGGAAAUGUCAGGGGAAAAAUCAUUAGUUUACCUUUAUUCGCUUUCCAGAAUAGGUUUGACAUUUUGAACAAGUUUUGCCUGGAAACUAUUUCAAAGUAUGUAUUUUCAACCAUCUUGCAUAUGUUCAAUUGUCCAUUUUAGUUAAUUAAAUGAUUAAAACCUAAGAAACAAAGGCUCAGGCUCACAUGUUUCUAUCAUUCACAGUGGAAUACUGAAAUGCCAAAAAUAAUUUAUCAUCAAUUCUAUGUAGGCAUAUUGUCAAUGUGAAUAGUUACUAAAUUUUUUUAGGGAACAAAAUAAUUAAAAACCUCUUUCAUAGAAACGAUUCAUAGAAUCUAAAUGUAUUUUCAUCGCUUUUUUUAUCCAAAAAAUAUAACUUUAUACAAAAAUACAAAACUCCAAUUAAAAGCUAAAA